AUGGACAAGGAGGAGGCAGCUGAGCGACUGAAGCGCCAGUUUCGGAAGCUGGACACGAACCGAGAUGGGCUGCUGGACAAGAACGAGCUGCAUGCGUUACUGCAGAAGGGAAACCCAACUUUUACGGAACAGGAAGUGUCAAUACUCUUCACCCAGAUCAGCAGGAACGAUGACAAGGUGACCUUCGACGAGUUUGUGGACUACGUCUACGAUAGGCAACUGAAGCAGCCGAAGAAGGAGCUCAGCUUCUGGGAGAAGAAGGUGGAUGAGAUGAAGAAGAUCUCCGAAGCCCACAUGGCCGAGGUCGACCGUGUCUGCUUUCAUGGAGCGUUUCUCCACGAAGACCUGAACGGUCGCUUCUCCAAGGCCGACUGGAGCUUCAACGACCUUCCCGUCUACGAGCGAGGCUAUCCCGAGGCCUACAUCUUCUACGGCUGGACGGAGGAUGGCAAGAAGCAAGGUUGGUUCGUGGCCUCCAGGGUUCCGAAGGCUGGGUCGGUGAAGCGCUACAAGAUGUUCAAUCCUUCCAGCCAUGCAGCAGGACCGCACCUUUGCACCGCCAUCUGGCGGAACCCCUCUGGGAAGCUGGACAAGCGACUCUUCUGCAUGGCGGAAAAUCGCGAGGCCUGGGAUGAGACAGAGGAGGGCCGGUGCUUGGAUGCGGAGCUGUGGGACGGACAUGUGCCUGAGCAGUUCCAGGUAGACGAGUCCAUGCAUGAUGCGCUGGAGGACGAAUGGGAGCAUGAGUGGCAAGAGGAAGCCGGCGAGGGCGUGGAGGACUUCGGUGCCGAAGGAUACGAGCUGAUGUACGAGGGUGGUGAGGAGCCUGCGCCAGACGAAGACUUCGCUGAGGUCUGGCAAGAUCCAGACUUCCCGGCAGCCGAGAAGUCUGUUGGCAGCGCCGAGGGCUGGGACGACUGGCGGCGGGUGUCGCUGAUGCAUCCGCAGGCACACCUUUUCUGCCGAGUCACCUCCGAUGAUGCCAUCAGCGAUGCCUUGACCGGGAAUUCCUGGUUCCUCUCAGCCAUGGCCUGCGUCGCAGAGUAUCCGGCAUGGAUCGUGUCGGCCUUCCGGCUGAACACCACGCUCACCGCCAACGGCGCUUAUGCGGUUCGCUUCUACCACCCGGGGAAGCAGCGGUUCCAGUUCGUGGAGAUCGAUGACCGCAUCCCGACACUCAAGGGCGGCCCGAUGUCUGCCGGGGUCACCCCAGAGGGGGAGGUCUGGGUCGCGUUACUGGAGAAGGCCUUUGCAAAGUUCUGUGGCUCUUACAGGGCUCUGCAAGGUGGAUCUGUUGCCUACGGACUGCUUUACCUCUGUGGCGGAGGGCUGGCGGAAAGCUUCGAAAGAUCUGCCGGCGCGACGCGGUGGAAGCACAUCUACACCAAGUGGCAUGGCAAGGACCAGGAGACUCUCGAUCGGAAGCUGGCAGAAGGUGUGGAGGAAGACGGCUUGGAGCUGGAUCAGGACUCGCUGUGGGUCGUGCUCCGGGAAUACAUGGAGUUCUGCUACCCAGUCGCAGCGACCGUCAUUCCCGAAAUGAUCGAGGGCACCGGGCUGAUGCCCAAGCUGGCCUACUCCGUGAUCGGCGCCCGCGAGGUGAAGCUGAAGCAAGGGAUCCUCCGAUUGGUUCGCCUUCGCGAUCCGCAUGGCUACACUGGUUGGUCCGGUCGCUGGUCCGAUACGUCGGAUGCCUGGGAGGAUUGUCCGGCAGCGAAGCAGCAGGUUCAUUUCAAGCCAAAUGUGACUGGGACCUUCUGGAUGUCCUACACGGACUUCGGCAAGUACUUUGGGCGGAUCGACACGGUGAGGAAACCCAUGCCUGUGCAGGGCUGUAAGGAGGCCAAGCUGCACGGCGCCAUCCGAGGGCUGCACAAGAUGGGCACAUUCUGA